AUGGCGUUCGAGUACGCUGAGAGCAAAUCACUUGGUGGUAGCUGGGAGAGUUAUAGGUACUUACCUAGUGGGCUGGAACGCGUUGAAAAUCUUGCCAUGUACGAGGUUGGAGGCCUCCACCCUGUUGAACUCGGCCAGUCCUAUCAAGAGGGACGGUACAAAAUUGUCCACAAGUUGGGCAACGGUGGUUUUUCGACAACCUGGCUUGCCAGAGAUUCUCGCAACAACAUAUAUGUCGCGUUGAAAUUCGUCGCUUCGGAUGCAUCGAAAGGCUAUGGCGACCUCAAAACUUUGCGAGACAUUUCUAGUGCUGCAAGUACUCAUGCUGGUACCAGAUACAUUAAUCAUCUUUUGGAUGAAUUUUUCGUGGAUGGUCCGAACGGACAGCACCUCUGCUUAGUGACUAAAGUCUUGGGUGCCAAUGUCGCCCACGUGUCAAGCGACUUUCACAGGUUGAGCGGCAAGGCAUCGCAGGAAGUUGCGUCUCAGGCUGUCUCGGCUCUGAGCUAUCUUCAUAGCCUUGGGAUUUGUCACGGGGAUUUCACUUCUGCAAAUACUCUCCUUCAACUCUCUGGAACACUUGACACGCUCAAUGUCGACGAGCUGUGCUCACUUAUUGGCAUUCCAAAGAAAGAAGAAUUACGAACCCCUGAUGGCAGUGCUGUAGGGCCAUCAGCUCCUUCCUAUGUAGUAGAGAGCAUUGAUUUUGCGACUGUCCCAAAUCUUCUGUCAUUACGACUGAAAGUUAUCGACUUCGACCAAGCUUUUCAGAUUUCGACACCUCCAUCGAAGAUGCUUGGGACGCCUCCCAGAUGUCUGUCUCCAGAGGCAAUCUUCGAUCUCGAAGUUGGAGUGGCCUCAGAUGUGUGGGCGCUUGGGUGUCUGAUCUUCAAAAUCCGGUCUGGAUUCGAACUUUUUGGCAGCUUUGGAGGCCACACUCCAUGGCAUGCGUUGAGGCAGAUAGUCAAAACUCUAGGAGAACUUCCCGAGAAAUGGAGAAAUCGAAACUUUGAUUCUGAUGGGUAUCUGGCCGAAGACAGUGACGGAGAUGCAGAAAGACUAGAGUAUGAACCUUUGCGAGCACCGCUUAUUGACACGGUUCUUGAGAUUCAGGAUGAUCCAAGCCGAUCGUUAGUUGGCGUCAAUGAUAGUCUGGAGGUCAGGCUAUGGAAACCUAGCGCUGAAUAUGGAAGUAUGGAUGAUGAAGAAUCCACAACUUAA